AUGUCUAAAUCACAACCCUUCCUUGAACCAACUCAGUUACGAGCAGCCCUUCUGUCUUUUCCAAAAGCGAAAGACCGCAUAGUUGAUACCGCUAGAAUAGUUGCUGCUUAUUAUUUGGGAUUUCCACUGUUUAUUUUUAAAAAAGAAAGCUCACGAUUUCCGUCUCUGUUUCUGUGGGCCCAAUACAUACAGGAAGGUAUCCCUGAAGAUGCUGACACCCUGUCUAGAGAAGACAUUGCCACUAUUCUUCCCAUCGAAUACUCUCCAAGAUUUCCAAUAAUUCUACUGAAUUAUUGUAAUUUAGAGUUAGAAGCCAUUCUCUAUUCGGACCAUUUCAAUGACCGGCGAACAGCCCUACUUCUUAGGUUAUAUAUUGAUAACCAAUAUGGAUUAUCAUUAACGAAUACUCAUAUCUCAGAUUUCUGUUAUGUUACUCUUCCCAAGUAUAUACAGACUUCUUUGAUGGACUUGAAUUCCCUUCAAGGAUCGUUGGAGCACUUUGUGGAUUCAUUACUAGAAUUAGAUAUCUUACUAGUUAAAGAUUACAUUAUGAUGUUAGAAAACUAUUUAGUUGAACGAGUUGAAUACUUGUUCUCAGAAUUACCUAUACAAGCGAAAUCAACUGAAAAUAUUCCCCGUGUUCCUGUGUAUUAUACACCAGAAAGCUUUGAUAAUAUUGUUAGUGACGAGGAAAAAAUUCAUUUGGAGAUUCAUAUAUUGAUUCAUAUCAUUCUCUAUUCACUUCACAAGUCCAAUAGAUUAGCACAAGAACUCUCCAAAGCAUUGAUGAUUAUUUCAGAAAGCAGAGAAACGAGAUCAUCUGUACGAGAGCCUUUUUCUAUAGUAGUUCGCAUCGUAUUAAUUAUAAUGACAGUUAUAUUCCGCGAUUCAUUCAGUCUAGCAGUCGUAGAGCAAUGGGAAGAGUUACCUGAGAUAACACUGAAAUACAAAUCGUUAUUAGGAGAUAUUUCCGAAGAUGACCGUAUACCUUUUUCCAAAUGGUACUCACUAGCUACAAAUCAGGAUAUCGAUCAUCUUAAUUUAUUUUUUGAAUGGGCGAGAGGGAACUACCCACAAGAAUCUUCCCUACCACCUUUGACAGUGUUUACCCGUGACGUCUGGUGCAAGAGCUUAUUAGAAAAAACGAGUGAAAAUCGAGGAGAAAGUUUACAGAACGACUGGAUAUCCGGUCUUCUGAUUCACACGAACAAGGUUGACUAUAGCGUAUACAACCAAAUGUUAUUUAUUUCUUCUACUUGGAAGUGCUUCACCUUUCACGAUUCAUCUUUAAUAUCAAUUCGAUUAGCUUUGUCACCAUCAGACUUUUGUUCAAGCAAAACUAAUCCCAAAGCUCCGUUUAGCUCAAGGAGAGUUGCAUCAGCGAGAGAUAAUCCUGAUAGUGGUUUUCACGGUCAUGAGGAAGAAGAUGAUGAAAAGCUAUUCACUUCGAGAGAUGAUCUCGCAGCUUCCUAUGCCAAACAUGGUAAUUAUCUACUUCGACAGAAGUUUGAAGAGCAGCGUCGUAAGCAGAAAAAAGAAGCCAAGUAUUUGAAGAAUAUUCACCGUCACAAUAUUCUACAGAUGAUGAAUAACCAAAUGGAUCUUGUAUCAGAAAUUGAGAACGAAAAAAACUUCCUCUCAUCCAUUGAAUUCAACUCGGUUUCUUCGCCAUCAACAUAUUCUCGUUCCACAUCUUCAGGAACUAAAAAUUUUGAUAAGGAAGAUGAUUUAUGGAGUAGUAGAUUAGCUAAAACAUCACACCGUCCAAUAGCUAGUUUAUCGUCUGGAAAUUUUUCUUUUCGAUCAAAUGAGACAACAGAACAAAAGGAACCAUUCGAUGGCUGUGAAGUAGAAGAUUUAGAAGCUCCGCUAUUUGAUUACGGAGAGGUUGUCUCCGUGGCCGAUGAACUUCCUGAAAUUGAGAAAUUAGAUUUUUCCCUAUUGUCACCGAUGCCGACUAUAAGAAAAUCGACAGCAGCUUCAUCAAUGUCGUCAGAAUCGAAAAUAGAGAAAGCUGUGAAUAAAACGACAAAUAUAGAUAAGAAACUUUAUCCUAACUGGAUGAAGUUACUACCUCUGGAAAAUAGAAAUACUGAUCGUCCACAAUUAUUCAAAUUGGAUAAUAUUACUGAUACUAUAGAAAGAAGAAAUUUAUCUGAACGAACACAAGCUUCAUUGAUGAAAGAUGCACAAAUCAGCCUUCUUUGGAAUAAAUUUAAUCGGAUACUUCACGGAGACCAAAUGCUAAUUUACAUAUUUUCUUUUUUGUCUCUUUUAUUCAUAUCCUCAGAAGCUUUGAUUUGUCAGAGCUGUUCAUCCGUUCAGUCAUGUCUUAACGCACCUGAAGAUGUCGAAUGCCCGAAAAUCACAAACUGCUAUUCUGUCUCCUUAGAAGGAGAAGUUUUCCAUAAAGGAUGUGUUGAGAAAUGUACAGAUCUUACAUUCGGUACAGGUACAAGUGUCGCCUGUGCUAUUUGUACAUAUGAUAACUGUAAUGGAAAAGGUUCUCUUUUCGAUGACGGCGAAUCCAUUUCACAACGAACAGUUGGACAUGCAGAUCGGGAAAAGUAUGAAAUAGAAGAGUUACAAGAUGCUGAUGAACUUGACCGAACCAAUUCAAUUGAAAAGUUUAUGGUCAUUUCGAAAAACCGAAAUAUGAAAAGUUCCCGAAAACCUUUUGGAACAUUAACAAUGAUGUUAGCAUUAAUCAUCUUAUUUAUUAAUUAA